AUGUGUGAGAGGAAAAGUAGAUCACCAGCAAGAAGGCUAUUUCAAGAUUCCAGCAACACCAACGAUCGAGUAGGAGAAAUCGUAGAUGAAAUUAUUGAUCGUAUCGCUGAAAUGAAAAUCUCUGCAUUCCGCAAAAAGUACCAAUUUGAUUUCAAAACCAUGCAGCCUUGCAGCAGCGAAACAGACCUACGAGUAAACUCUACGAAUGGCAGAGAGCUUCGACACUGCUGGAGUUGGGAGGCGGUGGACGCUUGCCUAGUUCCACGUUUCUAUCGCCCGAUCAUAGUCCAGUCAAGACGUCUUGAGAAAAACACUGUUCACACGUCAAUUCUGCCACCACCAACACCGCUCAUACCUUCACGAGAGACACGAGUCUCACCUCCUGUGAAAUUAUUCUUUCGCACAGUUCGGCGAGCAAAUAGUGUUGAUGGUGUUGGACGGAAGCCAUUCAACAAUGAUCUUUUGGCAUCUCGGACUUCAUGGACAGUUCACAGAGGUCAAAGGACCACGGAAUCAGGAAUCAUCCACCCUUCGAUGACAACUUUUCCUUCAGAGAUUCCUGCCGAUCUUUUACCUCGAGGUAAAAAGUUAGCUUACUUUGUCUAA